CUUUGCUUGUUUUGGAGAUUUUUCUAGAAGAGGCAGGACCAGAAGCCCUGCCUUACAUGCUGAUCAUGUCAGGCACACCCACCCCUCUGACCUUUUUUCUAGCAGCUCUGGUAAGUGGGCUGGCCCCAUGUCUGGAUACUCACAGACAGGCUUGCUCUACUCUGAGAGAAAUCAGUUAAGCAACCUCCUCCCUGGGGCUCACAGCUCAGUUCCAGAUGUGAGUGGCUGGCAGAUGCUGCCUUCCAGUGCCACAGCCAUGGCCAACAGGACCAACGCCUCUGCCCCGUACUACAGCUAUGAAUAUUACCUGGACUACUUAGACCUCAUCCCAGUGGACGAGAAGAAGCUGAAAGCCAACAAGCAUUCCAUUGUCAUUGCCUUUUGGGUGAGCCUGGCUGCUUUUGUGAUGCUCCUCUUCCUCAUUCUGCUCUACAUGUCCUGGUCAGGCUCGCUUCAGGUGCGAAUCAGCCCCCAUCACCAAAUAUGCGCGUGGAGUCACAGCCUCAACUUCCCUUUCUGCCUCCGGAGGGGCUCCCAAGGGACAGCAGAGGUGUCCAGAAGCAGAGCUGGUACUGACCAGUGGGUACAGCAGGAGAGUCCCUCUGUCUCAUCUCCUGUGGUUUCCACUGCACCUCUGGCUCUCCACUGGGAACAAGUUCUGGAUGGGGGUCCCCAGGGCAUCAGCUGACCUCAGGCGGUGAGCAAGGAGAGAGAACUUCUCAAUUUAGUGGAACUGAUGUUGGCAAGUCAGUCAUGUCCAAGUGAAUUGGUGAAAUGAAACCCACCUGGACAUCCAUGUCUAUUUAAAGCUGUUCACAUGGAGUAAGAAAGUGACCAGGUCAAAAACAACUCUACAAGGGGGAAUCUCACACAUGUUCAUAGUCCCUCCAGCAGAGAAGCUGUCUCAGACAGCGUUGAUCCCCUUUAGCAUGCCUAACCUGCUAAUGCUUGUUUUGGGAUGAGUUGGAAAAUAAAGUAUGA